UAUAACCCAUAUCAAAACCCUCCUUUAAUAACUCACAAUCAACAAAUCACUUUUUUUCCACACAAAACAAAAAGGAAAUGGUGUUGGGUCUUCGAACAAAGAGUCGUAAAGACAAUGGAGUGUUCGUUGAGUAUCUAGUCUCAAUCAAGGAGCUAAAACCAUGGCCAACAAGCCAAGUCCCUGCACAAUGCGUCCUUCUCAAAUGGGAAAAUGGCGAAAACAACUCAGGCUCUUUCAUCGCUGUCGUGGGCAAAGACACGAUCAUGUUCAACGAGUCCUUUAGGCUAACCUUAACGUUAGAACCCAAAUUUGGAACCGACAACAAGUUCCACAAGAAUCUUCUUGAACUCCAUGUCUACGACGCGAAAAAGAAAGACAAGGGCGUCAAGAACAAGCUUCUUGGCACGGCCUCGGUCAACCUCGCUGAUUUCGGCGUGUUGACCAACUCGGUUCCCGUGGGAGCACCGUUUACUUUCAAGAAAAGCUCAAGGAAUGAUGCUAGCUCCGAGAUUUACCUAACUGUUGAGCCGGCUGGAGAGGAGGAUUACGAUGAAGGAAAUCGGAGUAGCUGUUCGUCGCAGCNUCAAAAUUAUUUAUUCAACACAAUUUUAAAAUCCGUUAUAAACUAG